CUUACCAAAUUGCAUAUGAAAUAAACUCAGCCCUCGCACAAAAAUUAUUUCAUUUUCCACUCCACUUUCUGCCCAAUACUGAAGAGAGAUGGCAGCCAUUAAUGCUUUUCCUUCAACCUCGUCAGUCACCCGCGCAGGUCUCUUACACAGGCCAUUGGUUGGGGUUUCAUCCUCGCCUGUUCUUGGGUUGCCAGCAAUGGCAAAGGUGGGAAAAGUGAGAUGUUCCAUGGAGGGGAAGCCUUGUGUGCAGGAAAGUGGGAAAAAGAUGGGCAUGGGUGCAUCACUGAUUGCGGCGGCCUGCGCGACAACCAUGUCAAGCCCGGCCAUGGCUCUGGUGGAUGACAGACUGAGCACGGAGGGGACAGGCCUUCCCUUUGGUCUGAGCAACAACCUUCUUGGUUGGAUCCUGUUUGGUGUGUUUGGAUUGAUCUGGGCACUCUAUUUUAUUUACACAUCUUCUCUUGAAGAGGAUGAGGAGUCAGGAUUGUCCCUCUAAGCCAAAUUCAUGUGGAAGGGAAUGUUGUAGAAAAAGCCAAGAGUUUGGCACUUCCUCUGUUGUAGUAAACCUACCUUCUAUGUUUCCAAUGUGUACACCUACUUGUUUCUUUAAUUAUUCAUUUCCUCUUAUUUAACUUCCAUAA